AUAGGAAACAGCUAAUCUGACCGUGUCGAUCACCUGACCCCCCAAUCCGUAACGUCACAGAGCGGAACGCCAUUAGAUUGAUGGCAGAGCUUCAUCAGGAGUGAAUCAGUGUUUAAUAGAGGAAUCAGCGCGAAGACUUCAUGCGAGGCGCGGAUCGGUGGCUCUUUGUGUGUGUUGCUGUCAUCUGUGGAUCUCUAUGGCUGCUGUGAUCGGCUAGGUGCUCGAGUCAGGCUUUGUUUUUGUGUCAGGCAAAGAGUUUGGGCAUGGCGGCGGCUGGAGGGAAGACGUACUCGUUCAAGGUGGUGCUGCUGGGGGAGGGCUGCGUCGGCAAAACAUCGCUGGUGUUGCGAUACUGCGAGAACAAAUUCAACGACAAACACAUCACCACCCUUCAGGCAUCAUUCCUCACGAAGAAGCUCAACAUCACAGGAAAGAGAGUAAAUCUGGCUAUAUGGGACACUGCUGGUCAGGAGCGUUUUCAUGCCCUUGGACCCAUCUACUACAGAGAUUCCAAUGGCGCAAUAUUGGUUUACGACGUCACAGAUGAAGACUCGUUUCAGAAGGUGAAGAAUUGGGUAAAAGAAUUAAGGAAAAUGUUGGGGAAUGAGAUCUGUUUAUGUAUAGUAGGCAAUAAAAUUGACAUGGAAAAAGAGCGACAUGUUUCAGUGGAGGAAGCAGAGGGAUACGCAGAGUCAGUGGGUGCAAAACACUAUCACACAUCAGCCAAAUUAAACAAAGGCAUUGAGGAGCUGUUUCUGGACCUGUGUAAACGCAUGAUGGAGAUGGCUCAGGCAGAGGAGAGGUCAAGGGGGAACGGCGCGAGUCACACAAGCACAGCCCGGAGAGGCGUACAGAUUGUCGACGAUGAGCCGCAGACUGCCAUGCCUGCCGGAGGCUGUUGUACAUCUGGCUAAACACACUUUAACCCCCUUUUACCAUACCUGGGACUGAUAACGGCCUCUCUCACCCUCCUCUGUGUAAGAACUGCCACUUCCCACAGCUACACCCGUCUGCGACUGCUCUACAGCUCUGUCAAUCAUUUCUUUAACAGUUUGUUCCUUAUUGAAAGGGUUGAUUUGCAACGCCACCCUUUGCCGGCAGACUUUAGAGUCGAAAAGAUGCCAGAUUGACCUGUGCUGAAGAUAUUCACUUAAACAAAUUAUUACAAAAAUGAUAAUGCCCAGUCGUAUAAAACACACAUGCACUGAUACAGUUCCCUAACAAUCUGAUAUGUUAGCACUUUUUCUUCUUUUGGCAAGUUGUUGUGCAUGUAGAAUCUUUAAAAUCCUAGUUUUAUUUUACGUCUAAGAAAAAAAAUAAUAAAUUCUUUAUUAUUUAAUAACUUAUUUACAAUUUCAUCAACAUGUCCAAAGACCUUUGUUCUUCUUGUAACCGAUGGGCUUGUGUCAUUCUAAUACAGUCUCAUUCUUCUGUCAUUCAUAUCUUCUGUAUCUUUCUUAAAAAUGCAACAUUAAAAUCCAUCUAGAACAUUUAAACUCCUUGUAGAUUUUGUCUUUUCUCUUCAACUUGCUGAUUUACCACUAGCCAAAAUUUGAAAAGG